CCCCUCCGCUCCGCACACACUUCCGCUUCCGGUUCUCUCUCCACCUGAGUCAGUCAGUGCAGAGUGUGGGGGGUGAUUGAUCGCUGGAGCGCGGAUCGGGCAAUUAUUGUUUGAUUUCCACUCUUGUUUGGGGUAAAGACGGGGUGAUUUCAUGUGGAGCGGAGAGAGACAUUUGGAACAUAUUUACUCAUUAAAGGAAGAGACACGGACGGGUUGAUCAUGUCGGACUCUAAUAAAGAAUUGGUGGAUCUGGUGUGGGGGGAGAAGAAUGGUAAAGGCCUGGUGGAUUCUAUAUUCAGCCGCUGGACACAAGGGUUUGUGUUCAGUGACUUGGAGCCUACAGCCCUGGAGCAGUUUGAAGGAGGCCCGUGUGCUGUGAUCGCACCUGUACAGGCUUUUUUAUUAAAGAAUCAACUAUUUGCUUCUGAGAAGCCCAACUGGAAAAACUGCCAAGAAGAUGAGCAGAAAGACGUCUUCUGUCAGACACUGUGUGACAUUCUGGAGAUGGCCAGCACAACCAAUGCCAGCUCAUACUGCCUUGCCACAUGGCAGAAAAGAAAAGUCACCCCGGAGCCCGAGAGGGAGCUUUCUGCAGAGACGAGCCAGCCGGAAGAGACGCCAACUGCGUUGGCUGCAGAGGAGCUUGGCUUUGAAAGAUUUCAUGCGUUAUUUCAAAAAAAAACGUUCCGAAAUUUUUGUGAGCUGAAGGAAGCUUUAUGGGAUGAAUAUUUAACUUGGCGGAGCAAGUUUGGUGUGCUGCUGUUCCUGUACUCUGUCAUUCUCACCAAGGGUAUUGAAAAUGUGAAGAAUGAAAUAGAAGAUGCGGAUGAGCCCCUGAUAGACCCGGUGUAUGGGCAUGGCAGCCAAAGUUUGAUUAAUCUUCUGCUGACGGGUCACGCUGUUUCCAAUGUGUGGGAUGGAGACCGGGAGUGUUCAGGGAUGAAGCUGCUCGGUAUCCACAGUCAGGCACAUGUUGGUUUUCUCACACUGAUGGAGUCUUUACGAUACUGCAAGGUAGGCGGUUUCCUGAAGUCUCCGAAGUAUCCAAUUUGGGUGAUUGGCAGCGAAACGCAUCUUACAGUGUUCUUCACCAAGGAAAUUACUCUGGUUGCUCCUGAAUCUCCUACAGAGCAAGCAAGGCGGAUUUUUCAAACAUAUGAUCCAGAAGACAAUGGCUUCAUUCCCGAUGCUUUGCUGGAAGAAGUCAUGAAGGCUCUGGAUCUUGUGUCAGAUCCUGAAUAUGUAAACCUCAUGAAGACCAAAUUAGACCCAGAAGGUCUGGGGAUCAUAUUACUGGGCCCAUUCCUGCAGGAGUUUUUCCCCGACCAGGGUUCGAAAGUUCCAGAAUCAUUUAGUGUGUAUCAUUAUAAUGGAUUAAGACAAUCAAACAAUAAUGAGAAGGUCACCUACAUUGAAGGGACAGCCGUCAUGGGAUUUGAAGACCCAAGACUCCAAACAGAUGACACUCCCAUCAAGCGUUGUCUACAGACCAAAUGGCCAUAUGUAGAGCUUCUCUGGAAUACAGAUCGACCUCCGUCAUUAAACUGAGCUUCCUCAGGGCAACCAAUUUUCUUUUUAAAGGGACAGUUCACCCAAAACUGAUAUAUCUUUUUUUGUGGAUGGACAUUUUGUAACACACA